AUGGGACAGUUUGUGAGUAGGAGUGAAGUGGUUAAUGAAGUGGAGUGUCGUGAUAGACAACUGUUUACUGAACACAAUGGGAUCUUUGUGCCUGUUGUGAAGGCGGAUGCAGUGUAUAAAAUCAGCGUUGGUUCAAGGGUUGAGCGUGUAGUUUGUGAGUUGCGUGGGCCUUUGACGUUCAAUUUGGAGUUAAGAAAGGCGAAAACUAGUGGUCAGUUUAUUUUCAAUAUUGAUAGGCCGUGUCUGAUGGGAUUUUACCGGUUGAAAUGCUUGGAUAUCGAUACAGAAGUUUAUAUUGAGGGGCAAGAACCUACAAAAGAGUUGAAAUUUCCAUCUAUAGAGACAUGGUUGCCUGAUGGCAAUGAUUUUAGGAAACUGAUUGCUUCGUUAGAGGAUAAUAUUGGAUCAAUGCAGAAAAAUGUCAAUUGGAAAUCAUUUUUGGAGAAUCUGAUAAAGUUUAACGAUCUUUUAACCUCGAUGGGUUCAGUGUGUGCAAAUUUACAAACUUUCAAAUUUAGUCUGCCGAACCAUCCCUUCCAGAGACUUUUCAAUGAUGAGUUUCAACACUGGUUACGAUCAUACAGGUCCUCGAACAUCGAUCAGUUGUCACAAUCCCUGGGGAAAGAUGUGAUAUCACCAUUGCAAGAGUUUGUUGAUUAUGAGAAACAGAAUCAAAAGACCUUGUUGAAGAAACAAAAGAAUUUCAACGAAGCGAUCAAAUCAAUGUAUUCCUCGCAAUCGACUUCACCACUCACAGCAAAAAGUAAUUACGAGCUGGCAAGGUUAGAGUACCAAGAUUACCUUUAUCAAAGCUACGUUAUCGGUUCGCCAAUGCAAAAGCUUUACAAUUCUAUCUCAUAUUUUUUGAAUUAUCCCACAGAUGACACAAUUUCACGAAUUAAUGAAAACUAUACCAAGAAAACUAAUCAAUUGAAAUCAACAAUCAGACGGGCAAAGAGCAUCGACGACUUGAUGAAGACCUAUACAAGCCUCGGAGUAUCGCAUAAGGAAAACUAUCUGUUAGUUAGAACAAGCCUCAACGAUCACGAAAAUGUAACGAAUAAUAACUCCACAGGAAAUAAUAACCCCAACAACAGUUCACAUUGGCACAAGAGAUGGGCUACUUUAGAUGGUUCUGUCUUGACCAUCUUCCAUAGCUCAAAGAAAAUGCCUUUUCAGUUAAUCGACCUGUCAUUUGCUUGCAUCAAACAAAUAAACAAGAUGGUCAUUGAAAUAAUAACAUCCGGUUCAACGUCACAGACAUCACUUUUGGCUAAUGUUAACUCAUCCUCAUCAUCUUCCGAUCACGACGUAGGCAUCGCACGAAUGAGGGUGUAUUUGCAAUUCAAGGAUGACUCAGAUGCGAAAAGUUGGCUUGCUGCACUACAACAAUCUAACAUGGACACAAAACAAUCUCAUGACUCAUCAGCAACCAAUAGCUCGAAAGCUCACGAUACAUUGAUUGACUUAGUCAUGCGGCAGCAUGAAUCAAAUUCAAAGUGCUGCGAUUGCGGGAACUCCGAAACCGUUGAGUGGAUUUCAAUAAGUUUACUCUGUGUCCUAUGCAUAAAAUGCUCAGGUGUUCAUCGUUCCAUGGGGUCCCAUAUCUCAAAAGUCAGGUCUUUAACUCUCGAUAAUUUCACUUCACCAGAGAUUUUGCAUCUGCUUCAUAACAACGUAUCCAAUGCAAAUGUGAACUCUAUUUAUGAGUCAAAACAUUCCAAAGAAACCAAAAUUAAGCCAAGUUCGUCGGACGUUGAAAGAUCCCAAUACAUUAUAGACAAAUAUCAAGGAAGGAAAAUGGUAGAUGACGGGGAACAGGGCAGUAAAACAUCAUUGAGAUCAUUGAUCAAGGCUAUUCAUUUAAACAGCAUCUAUUUUUUACAAAAGACAAUAGCUCAAUCUAAACUAACGCUGAGAGAGGUGGUGAAUGAGCAAGCAAGAGGCGAUGAAAUGCCUACAAUAUUUCAGUACUCUUUAAAACAUCAUGAGAUGGUUAAUGGUAAACCUGUAUUUUUCAUUACAGAGUUUCUAUUAUACAAUGGGCUUCCAGUAGAUAACAUUCCCGAAAAUACGGUGAAUUGGUCUCCGGGUGUUAUAGAUUAUUGGAGAACCAAGAUUAGUAUUUAUGGAACAUAUUCACCAACUUCUUCAAAAACGCCGGCGAAUCGCGAGACACAGUUAUCAUCAUUAGUCAUACCGUCGGAGAAGGCGCCCAACAGGCGUUGGACUCUAAAUCAUAUGCCGAAUUCCCCACAAAUAAAGUCGCCAACCAAUUUGCUUAAUAUGCACAAGUCAUUAAAACUUUCAAAAAAAGGAGCCAGCAAGAAGGAAUAA